AUGCACACACACUUUUUUUUUUAUCUAUCUUGGCCUUUCAUAAUUAUCUAUCUUAUUCUCUUCUUUUCUUGUCUUUCAUUCUUUUUCUUCAUUCUUCUUCUCUUUCAUUCUUUUUCUUCAUUCUUCUUCUCUUUCAUUCUUUUUCUUCAUUCUUCUUCUCUUUCAUUCUUUUUCUUCAUUCUUCUUCUCUUUCAUUCUUUUUCUUCAUUCUUCUUCUCUUUCAUUCUUUUUCUUCAUUCUUUUUCUUCUUUCUUCUCUUCCUCCUCUUUUGCUCUAUUCUUCUCCUCCUCCUCCUUUACAGAAUUUAUUGAAGACUACAUCAUUCUCACUAUUUUUCUCUAUCUGAUCAUUAAUAUAACAAAAUCUCUUUUUGUUCUUGUUUUUUUCUUUCUCUCUCUUUGUUUUCAUCUUUCUUUUUCAGAUUUAUCUUUCUCUGUGGUGCUUUCUCUCAUUUUAUCUCCAACAGUCAGUCUCUCUAGAUCUCACUUCUUAAUUUUUUUUAUUUCUUGUCUGUCUGUCUGUCUGUCCAUCUAA